AUGCUCCUGCCAGCACCGAAACGGUUGCUGCUGAGUGACCCUUCCAGCCAGCUCUUCACCGAUGGCAUCACCAACAAGCUCGUAGCCUGCUACACAGACGAGGGCAUGGCGGACGCGGUGCUGGUCCGUGUCUAUGGCAGGAAAACGGAGCUGUUUGUGGACCGGGAGACGGAGCUGAGGAACUUCCAGGUGCUGCGUGCCCACGGCUGCGCCCCCGACCUCUACUGCGCCUUCCAGAAUGGGCUCUGCUACCAGUUCCUGCCGGGCAUUGCACUGGGGCCCGACCACGUGCGGGACCCCCACAUCUUCAGGCUGGUGGCCCAGGAGAUGGCCCGGGUACACGCCAUCCAUGCCAACGGGAGCCUCCCCAAGCCCAUCCUCUGGCAGAAGCUGCACAAAUACCUCACCCUCGUGAAGACGGAUCUCAGCCCAAAGGUAUCCAACCCCAGCCUCCAGCAGGAUGUGCCCAACCUGGAGAUGCUUGAACACGAGCUGGCCUGGAUGAAGGAAACGCUCUCCCAGCUGGGGUCCCCUAUCGUGCUUUGCCACAACGACCUCCUCUGCAAGAACAUCAUCUACGACAGGACACGAGAGCACGUUCGCUUUAUAGACUACGAGUACACCGGCUACAACUACCAGGCUUUCGACAUUGGAAACCACUUUAAUGAGUUUGCGGGCGUGAAGGAGGUGGAUUACCGCCUCUACCCCAGCAAGGAGACCCAGCUGCAGUGGCUGCGCUCCUACCUGCAGGCCUACAAGCAGCUCACCCAGGGGGGCCAAGGAGGCACGGGGGUGUCCGAGGAGGAGCUGGAGGCUCUCUACGUGCAAGUGAACAAGUUUUCUUUGGCAUCCCAUUUCCUCUGGGCAUGCUGGGGCCUGAUCCAGGAUAAAUACUCUACCAUAGACUUUAACUUCUUAAGAUAUGCAAAGCUAAGGUUUAAACAGUACUUCAAGAUGAAGCCGGUGGUCACAGCCCUGCAGAUCUCUAAAUAG